AUGCAAGACGUUUCUGGAAAGUUUACUGAAGAACAGGCUGAGUCUAUUGACUCUUGGAGACACUCGGUGCCCAGCCACAUGGAGCGUGAUGACCCCUUUAGCGACGAUGGCUUCACGGCUCGGCCCAGCACCCGCGUGACCUUUCGCGAGCCAGAACGCCCAACGCGCCGCCCUUCCACUGCCGCUCGCCUCGCCUUCCUCCGCGCCGCCAUCCCCAUCCCCAUCUUCCACAGGCGGCCAUGCAAGCCUGGCGAAAAACUCCUCGAGGGACCCCUGAUUGAGCGUCCGGAAACCGCGCUGGGAAUCCGGGACGACGACAAUGACGGCGACGGGGCAGCAGCGGAGGCAAAGAACCCACGGCGUAGAGGCGGGCUGUUUAGCCUGUUUAGCCGCAAGAGAAAGCACCGCAGCCCGUCGCCGUCGGCGUUGCCUCCUGUUCCGCAGGUGGUGCUGGAGGUGCCGCUGACGAUUCACUUUUUGUUUGUGGGGGCGAAGUCGGCGGGACAGACGUCGUUGUUGUUCCGCGCCCGCUAUGGCCAAUUCAUCGAUUCCAGCGCCAUUGCUCGCACCUGUUAUGAGACAUAUGUCAACACCCGCAUGUACAACUCCCAGCCGCGGCUGUCGUAUGUGCAGUGGGAUGCGAUCUUCCUGUGCUUUGACAUUCAGCAGAAGCCGACGAUGCACGCCAUCUUGCAGUGGUGGCAUGAGGCUGUGCAGGGAGGCUUUCUCGCCCAGCAGCACACAGAGGUGCUUCUUCACUUGGUCGGCUUGAAGAAGGACGUUCGCGACAAGUGCACGGAUCCGAGGCACAGGGUGGCGUGCCCGUUUGAUUCGGACGACUUUGUUCCGUUUCCCAGCUGCUGCGUGAUUCCGUCUGACGCUGCUUGGCAUGCUAGACGAAUCCGCGCCCAUCGAUAUAUUGAGUGCUCUGCCAUGACGGGCGAAGGAGUCGAUGCUAUGCUCGAAGAUGCUGCAAAGGAGUCCACUAGACGAGCGAUCGAGAUGGCGCAGUAUAUUCAAGCGAUUCAGGCUAACAAGAGACGUAUGUUCUAA